CAUCCAACUUCGUCACAAGAUCUGUUAUCCCAACAUCUCAUCAUGUUCUUAGCAUCCACCGAACUUAUUCUACUAUGCCAAAAGAUGGUGAUUUUUAUGAUCAAUCGUCACUAAGUAUCAAGUGUCCUAAAAUUUCUUCAUUGAAACUUCAUAUGUGGCUUCAACGUAGUUACGGAAAGUUAAGCCUAGAAAUACCUAGUGAAGGCAAUGGCAUGGAUGUAAGACUGAAGAUUCCCGGACUAAAAAUUAAGGACAUGAUGGCAUGUACUGAACACAACACCCUAUUCAUCCAUGGCAUCAACUCACCAGAAAACACCAGUAGUGAUAUCAAGUUAACUCUUCCCGACAAAGAUGAGUCCCAGACUAACUUCAUCCUUACCAGCAUCGCUAACGACAUUAUCGCUAGUUUCCGUGACAUCACCAUUAAACGCAGUUGGCUUUACUAUGAUAUGUUCUCUGAUCGAUCCAUUCUAGGCAAGGUAUUAUGCCCUGUAAUAGCAACUUUGCCGUCGAUUAAUUCAUUCUCUAUCUAUAAGAGAGAGACUGCUGAAGCGAUAUACAUAAAGAUGAGUAUGACCGGGGAUGAGGAGACGAAGUUAACUAGGCAAGGCCUACGCGUGUCGUUAGAUAUGGAUGGACUGGAGAGAGAGGAUGUGAAGACAUUUUUCGAUUAUGACACUUUCUUCAUUGAAGGAAAAACAAAGAACGAUCACUAUAUUACUGGCGUAAGUUUACCAAAGGGCAUCCAGAUGAAGCAUAAUAUGAUCAAGAGAGAGUUGGAUGGGGAGACAUUUUAUGCAUUUCUUCCUUGUAGUGGCAAAAAGGAGGAGUUGCAAGCUCAAUUAAUCGAAACCUAAGUCGUAUAUCACAAACUAAUUAAUGGCUAUGUAUCACAUAGCUUUUGUUUACUGAAUGAAUGGUCUUAAUUUCUGUAUUUUUUGUCUUUUUCGUACUAAUUAAUGACCAGCUUAAAAGAA